GCAGCCACCUCUCCGCGGAGAUGGCCGUCGGUUUCGGAGCCGAGCCCAGCGCGAUGUCUACAGAGCCGCACAAGCCACCGGCCAUCACCUUCGACCGGACGGGCCUGCACUUCCGGCCCGGAGACAGCAUGCUGCUGCGCGCCGCGGCGUUCGCGGCGCUGCUGCUGCGAGAGCUGGUGUUCUACCUGCUGUACGUGGGCCGCCAGCUGGCCGACCUGGCGCUCAACGCGCCGCUGGAGCAGCUGCAGCGUCCGGCGCCGCCGGGCCUGCCGCCGCCGGCCGCGCCGCUCCCCCUGUCCGCCGGCCGGCUGGCGCACCGUAUCCGCACCGGCCAGCUGACCAGCCAGCUGACGGUGGCCGCGUGCAUCGCGCGCCUCCGCCAGGUGGAGCCGCAGCUGCACGGCCUGGCCGAGGAGCGGUUCCAACAGGCGCUGCUCGAGGCGCGUGCCGCCGACGCCGAGCUGGCGCGACUGCGUGCCGAGCUGCCGCCCAGCCGGCGCGACGGCCGAGAGCGGGACUGGGCGCUGGUGACGCACCUGUAUACGCACCGGCCGCUACUCGGCGUGCCCUUCACCGUGCAGGAGACGGUGGCGGCGCGCGGCCUGCGUGUGCGCCGCGGCGCCGCCGCCCCGGCCGACUCAGAGGCCGUGGCCGCGCUGCGUGCCGCCGGCGCCAUCCUACUGGCCACCACGCGCGCCGCCGCGCCCGCCGAGUGGUGGGCCGCAGAGGGCGACGUCCGGCUGCCCCACGACGUGCGGCGGGUGGUCGGUGACGGUGGCGCCGCCCUGGUGGCGGCCGAGGCCACUCCGCUGGCGCUCGGAGUCGGAGCCACGCUGCUGGUGCCGGCAGCCCACUGCGGCCUGUUCAGCCACACGGCGUCAUCCCGGACGGUGGCCGCCAGUGCCGUGCCCCCGCCACCAGCCGAUCAGACCGCAGACGAGCUGAUCCUACAGAAAAUGAGGUCCACCGAUAACCUGAGCACGACAGACGCCAACCAUAACACCGACGGCAUAUUCAAACCCCCGCCGCAGAAGGCCCCGGCGGCGUCCGAGCCGGUGCCGCACCAGCCGCAGGUGGGCGUCGUGGCGCGGCACGCCGAGGACCUGCGGGCCACGCUGCGGCUGCUGGCGCGCGGGCCCGUCCAGCGGGGCCGGCUGCGCGAGCUGGUGCCCGUGGCGCGGCUGCGCGUCUUCACCGCCGAGCUGCCGGCGCUGCUCGUCACCUCUGUGGCCACGCGCGAGGCGCGCGCCGCCCUGCACAGCGCUGCCGACACGCUGCGCGGCCGCGGCGCCGCCGUCACGGCCGCCGAGCUGCCAGAGACGGCGCACCUGUUCGAGAUCGUGCGCUCGCGGCUGUCCGGGGAGGGCGACUGUAGCACGCUGCCGCCGCCGGCGCGGCUGCUUCUGCUGGGCGCCGACGGCGUGCUGCUGCUGCCGGCGCACCCGGGGCCGGCGCCGCUGGCCGCCCAGCGGCUGCUGAGACCGCUGGACGCGGUGCCGGCGCUGCUGGCGGCCGCCCUGCAGCUGCCCGGCUGCGGCGUGCCCUGGGGCCGCACGGCCGACGGCCUGCCGCUGGCCGUGCAGCUGGUGGCCGGGCCGGGCGCCGACCACCUCUGCCUCACCGCCGCCGAGGCGCUGAGGAGGACGGCCGUGCGGCCCGCCUGGGCCGCCGCCGACCACACAGCAGAAAAGGCGAGCCGGAGCGGAGUGAUCGAGACGGACCUGUAGACGGCGGCCGGCGCCGGCAGAACCGUAGGCAGACGGACCUGUAGGCACCGGCCGGCGCCGACAGGCCAGGUAUAGGCAGCACAGCAGCCGGCGCUGGCCCGCUGGUCCGUGAAGCCAAGUAGCCGAACUGCUGGUGCAGCCAUGCAUGAACUGAACUCAUAAGUGCGCGGCUGAGUAAGUCACUGUGCGCGACUGAGUAAGUCGCUGGGGAAAAUGAUGGGGUGUGAUGCUAAACAUUAUUGA